UUUUAUCAUUUUCCAUAUCGUCCAAUUUUAUGGUAUCCAUAUAUAAUGGCAACAAAAUUAUUAGCCUUUUAACCAAGAAAAAAAAAAAAACAAAAUUAUUAGCCCCAAAUUUAGGAAAUUGAAUACCAGUCCUUUUAGCCUCUAAAUUUAGAAAAAAAUGAAUACACCACACCAAUUGUCGUCUCUCUCCACCAUACCACAUACAUACCUAUCUUAAUUACUGUUGUCCCCAUCCUCCAAAUAGCACUCUGUUCCACACCACACUCUCAACCCUCUCUUCAGUUUCCACCAAAAAGCACAAUCCUCUCGGAGAUUCCUGCACAAUCAAUGCCAGAGAUUUCUGGGUGUAUCAGUAAGAUUUGCUGAGCCCCCAAAUCAAAAAGGUCUCUCUCUAUCCUUCCUUUUUGGCCGGUACACAGACUUUCUUUAAUGGCGGUUUCAGAGAGAAAUCAUAGUUUCUGAGACACCCAUUUGAUGAUAUAUCUCAUUUUGGGCUUUAAAUGUUCGAGAAAAGGCGCAACAGAGUUGAAGCGCUUUACAGAUUCAAAGAAUGGUAGUAAAAGAAAGAAACUAAUAAAAGGGGUUUUUGUGGUUGUGGAGUUUUAGAGAGAGAAACCAUUAAAAAAAUUUCAAAGAGAUUCACGAGAUUGUCAGCGGUUGAGAACCCAGGAUAUAUUGUAUUUCUCUCUCUAGACUUUUCAGUCCAGAGGUUUAUUUUAGAGAGAAGAUGGGGAAAGCUACCAGGUGGUUUAGAGGCUUGUUGGGUAUGAAGAAAGAGAAGGAAAGAGUGGAUAAUUCAAGUUCCGGCGACCGCAAGGAGAAGAAAAGGUGGAGCUUUGGCAAAUCCGGGAGGGAUUCAGGGGUUGUGGGUCAGAUUCCGUUCAGCGUUCCCGCGGCAACUGAUUCUGCUUGGCUGAGAUCUUACUUGUCCGAGACAGAGAAGGAGCAGAACAAGCACGCAAUUGCUGUGGCCGCCGCCACUGCUGCCGCUGCCGACGCAGCUGUGGCGGCCGCUCAGGCGGCUGUGGCGGUUGUGAGGCUUACUAGCCAUGGCAGAGGAACUCUGUUUGGUGGUGGGAGAGAGAGAUGGGCUGCUGCUAAGAUUCAGACUGUUUUUAGAGGUUAUCUGGCUCGAAAAGCACUUAGAGCUCUAAAAGGACUGGUAAAAUUACAAGCUCUUGUUCGAGGCUAUCUAGUCCGAAAGCGAGCUGCUGCAACUCUUCAUAGUAUGCAAGCUCUUAUAAGAGCUCAGGUCGCUGUUCGAUCCCAGAGAGCUCGUCGUUCUAUCAACAAAGAGAACCGUUUUCAUCCUGAAUUUCGUGCUCGAAAAUCCAUUGAAAGGUUUGAAGAACCAAGAAGUGAAUUCCAUAGUAAGAGACUGUCUGCAUCUCUUGAAAAUUCAUAUAAUGUGUAUGAUGGUAGUCCGAAAAUAGUUGAAAUCGACACCUAUAAGCCCAGAUCCAGAUCAACUCGAAUCAACGCCAACCCAUCCAUGUCUGAUUCCAGCGAAGACCCACAUUACCAAACUAUCUCAUCACCCCUUCCGUGUCCGGUCCCAGCCCGUCUCUCAAUCCCCGAGUGCCGGAACCUGCACGACUUCGAGUGGUGCUUCACGGGCGAUGAAUGCAGGUUCGCCACUGCUCAAAGCACGCCUCGGUUUGCAAAUUCUGGAAGAUCAGACGCUCCGGUGACACCAGCAAAGAGCGUAUGUGCAGACAGCUUCUUCAGGCCUUACUCGAACUAUCCUAAUUACAUGGCAAACACUCAGUCUUUUAGGGCGAAAUUACGGUCCCACAGUGCUCCGAAGCAAAGACCAGAGCCGGGGCCAAAGAAGAGGCUUUCCCUUAAUGAACUUAUGGCGUCGAGGACUAGCCUUAGUGGUGUUAGGAUGCAGAGGUCUUGUUCUCAAGUUCAAGAAGCUUUGAACUUUUGAGAAGUUUGUUCUGAUGAAUGGAUUUGCAUAGAAGAUGGUUAAGGGAAAUAUAGAAGAUGAUGAAGUAACUGAACUUUUCUAUGCUUAAUUUUCUUUUUCCAAUGUAGUGUUGAAAAUCAACAGAAGGAUAGAAUAGGGUGCUAGCUUGUGUAAAUUCUCUGACAGGGUUUGAUUGAAUCAUGCCUUUUUUAUGAAUGGAAAUGAUAGUUUUUCAUCUUUU